AUGUCGCAGCCCCUUCCUCCCCCUCCACCACCGCAAUGGGUCGUUGCACUCAACUCGCCUAUGCCCAAACCCACUAAGGCGGCCUCUAGCAUCCCCGACCCGCCUGGGUUUUCAAGCAGCAAAGCCGUAGGCAAGCAGCGCGAAAAACAACAAAAGGAUCAGCAGCAACCCACCGCCUCGAAGCCCGAAGAAACCGACGCGCUCAAGAUCAAGAAAGCGUGGGAAAUCGCCAUCGCCCCGUCCAAGCAGAUCCCCAUGAACGCGAUCAUGAUGUACAUGUCCGGCAAUAGCCUGCAGAUUUUUAGUAUCAUGAUGGUAUUCAUGCUCUUCAAAGGUCCCAUCCAGGGGUUGUUCAAUACCAAUGCCGCAUUCGCCAAAUUUGACACCGAGUCGACGCGCGCAAAGCUGGUCGGUGUCAAGGCGGUUUAUGUGCUGAUGCAGUUGGGACUGUUGGCUCUGGGGAUUUGGAAGGUUAAUGCCAUGGGUCUUUUGCCGACGACGAGGUCGGAUUGGUUGGCCUGGGAGUCAGAACGGCAACCUUUGGAGCGGGCUUAUUUUGCUUUCAGGUGA